AAUAGUAACUAAAGAAAAAGGAUAUUGAAAUCUGUGUGCUAAAAUUUUGCAAUAAAUAAAAUAAAUAUCAAGUGUCAAAAAUCAAAAUGUGGAAGUUUGUAUUGUGUUUAGCUGUUUUCCAAGUGAUACUUGCUCAACAAAACAAAGAAAUACCUGAAUACGUUAAACAGUGCAGACGAGAUGAUCCUGAGCUGUUAAAAUGUUUUAUAGGCUCUUUAGAACACUUAAAACCUUAUUUAGCCAAGGGUAUACCUGAAAUUGAGUUACCUUCAGUAGAACCUUUCAAAAUGAAUACACUGGCACUCCAGCUGACCGAUGGACCACAAGGUUAUAAGAUCACCUUAAAGAAUAUGGAAGUCUUUGGGGCCAGUAAUUUCCAGGUUAAGUCUAUGAAACUCAGUGAGAAUGGUGAACCCUUCGAGGCCAAAAUUCUAUUGCCCAAAUUGAAAAUUGAAGCCAAAUACACCAGUUCAGGUGUUUUGUUGAUCAUACCCGCCUCAGGUGGUGGUGAUUUCCAUGCUGAUUUCGAGGGUUGUGUAGCCGAUUUGACUGGCAAAGUGUCGACCAAUGAAAAGAAUGGUGCCACCUAUUUGCAUGUUGAUUCUCUCAGCAUUGUCAUUAAUGUGGAAAAGGUUAAUAUGAAGAUUGCAAAUGCCUUCAAUAACAAUCGUAUUUUACUUGAGGCCACCAACUUGUUCUUGCGUGACAACGGUCGCAUUGUUUUGGAUGCCAUGCAGACUCAAUUACAAAAGAAAUUGGCCAUGGAAUUCGGCAAAUUGGCCAAUCAGUUGUUGAAAAAUGUUCCUAGAGAUUGGUUCUAUGUUUAAAUUUCAAUUUAAGUUUAAUUUGUGUAUAUGGUAUCUCUUGUUGUAAAUAGUUAUUGUUAUUCGAUACAAAAACAAAAUUUUAAUAUUUGCUUUUAAGUUUCACUUAAAAUAUAUUUAUACGAUUUUACUCAUAUGUAUUAUUUAAGAUUAAAUAUUUUCGAAUUAAGGAAAACAAAAAUAUAAUUAAAUUGUUUGGAAAAUAAAAACGUUUAUUAUAUAUAAUUAAA